AGGCUUCGUGCUCUGGUAGUUUAGUUUACUCUCCAUACAACCAUACAAAUAAAAAAAUUUAUAACAAAAAGGAAAAAUACCAUGUCCUGUCCCACAUUUGGAAUGGCAAGCGAUGAUGAACGAUUUGCUGACUAUAAUGAGGAUUCAAGAUCGAAUAACAACUUUGAGCCAAAUGCAUAUGACAGUGAAGAGGAUACGGAUGAUGCCAGUGAAACAGAAUUUCGUAAUAAUGGACGCACUUCUAGUUAUACUAGUACAAACCAUCAAACUACAAAUGGAACCGAUAGUCAUAAUCAUGAACUUAAGGAGCAAAUGUACCAACAUAAACUUGCUAGUUUGAAUAAACAAUUGGAAGAACUUAAAAACUUAUCUCAUCCUGAGUACACAAGAAGAUUAAAGAAAUUGGAAUACCAAUAUAAGGAAAGGCUAAAGCUUAAUGAAAUCUAUCGAGACUAUUUAAAAGAAUGCGUCGAAAGAGAUUAUAUUUUGGAAAAGAAAGCGGCUCAAAAAGAAUACGACGAGAAGAAGAUUGAUCUUAAAGACAACAUAUUAACCGAUUUUGAGGAACGUCGUAAACUUAUAGAGAAUGAACGUUACAGCCUGGAAUUAACUAAUGAUUCAAUGGAGAUAAAACCAACGGUCACACGCAAACUACGUAGAAGGCCCAAUGAUCCAGUGCCCGUUGUGGAAAAAAGACGUAAACCUACGACCGGACAAUUAUUAGUGUACUUGCUUGAAGAGAAAGAGAUUGAAAAUGAUUUAAAAACCAUCCAAAGAGGGAAACCUCUGACACCAACCUUGCAACAAAAUGGUCUUUCGGUUAGCUCUUAUGGUUCAAGUAAUCAUCAGCAACAGCCAGCAAUGGUUUCGGACAAUGGUACUCCAUAUGCCGAGACACGCAUAGAAGAUGGAAAGUUGUUGUAUGAGAAGCGCUGGUUUCAUCGGGGUCAACAGAUAUACGUGGAGGGCAAAGAUCUGACUAAAUUUCCAGCAACAAUCACAGCUAUUGGCAACGAAGUGGUGUGGGUAAAAAAAGUCAACGACACCAGUAAAGUUAAAAUCAACAUGUCUCAUUUAGCUAAGGGUAAAGUGACUAUAAAACGACGAGCCAACUGAUGACAUCCCUCCAACAAUGCCAGCAAAACACCAGUAGUCAUUGCUUUUACUUCCACAACAAACAAAAACUCAUCAGUAAAUUAAAUUUAUUUUAUAACUAGAUAUAUAAGUUUCCUUCCCUUCCCUCCUAAACAAUAAGAAACGCAUACGUAUGUAUAUAUGUGUGUAUGAUUGAACUGUUGUUUAUUUACAUUAAUGUAGUUUUAAAUAUUAGGAUAUCCUUACAGAGGAUGCUCACUAUUACACGGUGUACAUAGUUAUGUAGGGAAUAUUCUAAAUAAUUUAUAUAUAUAUAUAGUGUAUGUAUUUAGUAGUUAUUUAUGUAUAAUGGCAAUAAGUUAAUUUAUUGAUUUUUUUAACACGAAUCCCAGAAAUUUUCGUUUUUUCAUAUUUUUAUCCCUCAUCGAACAUUGUAUUUUUGUGUACAUAUUAAUGUUUUUUACAACAUAAAUAGUUUAUAACGUCGAUUUUAAAUAUAAACUUAACAGAUAAUUGUUAGUUACAUAAACAAAAACACAAAGAAUCAUGUUUAAAAUAUAUAUAGAAGAGCUUCAGUUAAUAUGGAAAUCAUGAUGAUCAUGACUACAACGUUGUAAGAUCUAAAUAACAAAAUCAAUUUAAAUUUUA